UGGGUUGUGUUGGGUUCGGCUCGACCGUCAUAAAGCGUCAAGGUUGCGUGCGAUGGGCAUCACCCGUUGGUCUCACGCGACAAACCUUAAAAGGGGUCCCAACAAACCUCGAGCCACCAUCCCAUCGAUCUCACGGGAGGGGAGGGGAUGGACAUGGAGCGCAGGCAAUCGGAGAUCAUCGAUGACUUCGUGAAGCGAGCGGCGGCGCUUUACGAUGCCGCUCCCAACCUCGCCGGCCUCAUCCUCGAGGCCACCGCCCAUCCCUUCCUCUUCGCCUUCUCCGAGAUCCUUUCCGUCCCCAGCCUUGCCAGGUUGAAGGGAACGCAGUAUUCGUCGUCACUGGAUGUGCUUCGCUUGUUCGCCUACGGCACAUGGAGCGAUUACAAGCGUAAUGCUGGUUGUCUUCCAGUGCUAUUACCUGAUCAAGUCCGCAAGCUGAAGCAACUAAGUGUGUUGACACUGGCUGAGAUAGAAAAGGUAUUGUCUUAUGAUCAUCUCAUGGAAGAGCUGGAUGUUUCAAAUGUUAGGGAACUUGAAGAUUUCCUUAUCAAUGAGUGCAUGUAUGUGGGUAUUGUAAGAGGAAAACUGGAUCAAUCACGCAGGUGCUUCGAGGUUCAGUUUGCAGCUGGAAGGGACCUUAGACCUGAACAACUAGACAACAUGAUUCAGACACUAAAUAACUGGUCAGGAACUUCGGAUAAUUUGCUUCAUAUGAUCCAAGAGAAAAUCAAGUGGGCUGAUACUAUGAGUGAGGCCAACAAGAUGCAUAGGAAGGAAAUUGUGGACAAGGUGGAAGAAGUGAAGAAAUCUCUCAAGGCCGACUUGCACUUACAAGGCCACGGAGAGAUCUUUUCUGAACCUGGAGGAAUGAUGGAUUAUGAAGAAGAUCGUUCCCGACCUAAGAGGAGGCGACAACCAAUGGCUUGAGACGAGAGGGUGGACCGAUGAAUAGCCAGCCAGUUCUACGUUUUGCUGACACUGUUUCAAACAACUCUUCAACUGAUUGCCUUAUGGUUCAUCCAUAAUCGCUGUCCGUACUUACGGCCGCUCUACUUGUUUUCCUGUAGAAUCGUCAAGUUCAAACUCAAUUUCGUCUUGCAAUCAUGUCACGCAUUCGUUAACAAGAUGGAUCCUGGGGAAUCGAGUGGUAUUGAUAUCUUUUUCCCUGGUGAAAUAGGCAUUGAUAUUUGUGAUUCCUUAAUAUAUCAGGUACAAUCUGAAGCACCUCAGUUUCUUCCGGUCUUA